AUGACGCCCUUCCUCACCCUCGCGCUCGCUCUGUCGAUGCCCGUCCUCUCCAUGGCGGCAGCAGUUACCAAGCCCCUCGGCCAGACCAAGCCGUUCGGCCUGGAUGUUCGCCAGGAUGAGACUGAGGCCCCUCCUGUGACUGGAAUCGUUGGUGGAACCACCGCUGCUGCCGGUGACUUCCCCUUCAUCGUCAGUCUGUCCAAGAGUGGCUCGCACUUCUGCGGUGGUGUUCUGCUGAACGCCUACACCGUCAUCACGGCUGCCCACUGCUCUGUCGGCCAGACUGCCUCGGCCGUCAAGGUCCGCGCUGGCUCCCUGACCUGGGCUUCCGGCGGUACUCAGGUUAGCGUCUCUGCCAUCAAGUACCACCCUUCGUACAACUCGGCUUUGAUCGACUACGACGUUGCUGUCUGGCACCUGGCCAGCCCUAUUGCGACCAGCUCGACCAUCGGCUACGCCACCCUCCCGGCUUCGGGCUCCGACCCCGCCUCUGGCACAACUCUCACUGUCGCCGGCUGGGGUCUGCUGACCGAGGACGGCUCGACUCUGCCCGCCACCCUGAGGAAGGUUUCCGUCCCCGUCAUCUCGCGCGCCACUUGCCAGUCCCAGUACGGUACCUCUGCCAUCACCACCAACAUGUUCUGCGCCGGUCUCACUGCGGGUGGCAAGGACUCUUGCUCUGGCGACUCUGGCGGCCCCAUUGUCGACUCCUCCAAGGUUCUGCAGGGUCUCGUCUCCUGGGGCAACGGCUGUGCUGAGGCCAACUACGCCGGUGUCUACACUCGCGUUGGCCAGUUCGUCAGCUGGAUCGACACCAACAAGUGGACCUCGUAA